AUUAAAAACGAGUUCAAAAGACCAUAAUUCCAGUCUUCGCCCUUCGAGAUGAUUUCUAUAUCAUUCUGAAGAACGAAAAUUUGGAUGCCAGAAUCUGAUGGAACCAUAAUAACAGAUUUACAAGAUUGGAAAAGUUUUUGCUUUUUCAUUUAUUCCAUUGACCGAUAAAUUCAAGCUCCAAAUAUGGAAAUGGAAGAGGGCGCAAUCUUUAUGAUAAGCGACUUUUUGUUUCGUUGAUUCAACGAAUAAAGCUGUUGAUUAUGGGAAAUUGCUUACCUUCUUCAGCUCGUCAUUCUAAUUCCGUUCGCAGCCAGACGGUAUCUUCUACUCCAGGAACUUCGGGGAAUUACAGCGGAAUCGUAGGAUCUUCUUCAUGUACCAAUAGCACCGCCGGCGGAAGUCAAUUUUCAGCGGCGGCGAGCGUGGAUGUGAGAGAGACCUAUCCGAAUGGGAAAAUCCUUGACCAACCAAACUUGAAGGAGUUCAGUUUCACUGAACUGAAACUCAUUACCAAAAACUUCAGACCUGAAUCGUUGAUCGGUCAGGGAGGUUUUGGGAAGGUGUAUAAGGGCUGGGUAGAUGAGAAGACGCUGGCUCCUUCUAAGAGCAAUUCUGGAAUGGUGGUUGCCAUUAAGAAAUUAAACUCUGAAAGUGUUCAAGGUUUUCAGGAGUGGCAGGCAGAAGUGAACUUUUUAGGCCGGCUGAAUCAUCCAAAUCUUGUCAAAUUAUUGGGUUUCUGCUGGGAAGAUGAAGAAUUGCUUCUUGUGUAUGAAUUCAUGCCCAGGGGAAGCUUGGAAAACCAUCUUUUUGGAAGGCGUUCUUCCAUUGAACCUCUUUCUUGGGAAAGACGGCUUAAGAUCGCAAUAGGAGCAGCUAGAGGCUUGGCUUUCUUGCAUUCCGCAGAAAAAGAAGUUAUAUACAGAGAUUUUAAAGCAUCAAAUAUACUUCUAGAUAUGAAUUACAACUCGAAAAUCUCGGAUUUUGGCUUGGCAAGAUUGGGGCCUGCAGGUGAAGAAUCACAUGUAACAACAAGAAUUAUGGGCACAUAUGGUUACGUUGCCCCUGAAUACGUUAGUACAGGUCAUCUCUAUGUGAAGAGCGACGUUUACGGGUUCGGUGUGGUGCUGCUGGAAAUCAUGACGGGUUUGCGAGCACAUGAUAUGAAUAGGAGCAGCGAACAACGCAAUCUGGUCGAUUGGGCCAAGCCAUUCUUGGUGAAGAGAAAAAGGAUCAAAAGUUUAAUGGAUGCAAGAAUAGAAGGUCAAUAUUCAUCGAAAGCAGCCGCACUAGUGGGAGAUCUUACUCUAAAAUGCCUGGAAACAGAUCCUAGAAAACGCCCCUCCAUGCAAGAAGUUCUCGACGCAUUGGAACAGAUCGAAGAAUCGAAUGAGAAACCCAAAGAGUCCAAGAUGAGCAACUCGCAAUCUAAACAACUUCAUCAAAAACACUGAUAAAUGUGGCCAAAAGAAGAAAUGUUCGAUUCAACCUCCAAAUUUUUUUUAAAAGAUUAUUUAACAUUGUAUGCAUUUCUUAUUGUGAUAGAAAAACUCAAGCAUUUUUUUGUUCACCUUUGCUCAUUGGUUGCCUUAUGUAGGGAUGGCAGGAGGGGAGAUAGAAAUAUAUUUGAUUGUAUCAUGUAUGUAUGUAUCAUUUGUCAAAUGUUUUAGGUUUACAGAAGAACAAAACUUGUUUGGAAUGUGGAUUUCCUCCAAAUUUUGCUAUCA